GGCCAAGUCGGUGUCGGGCCGAGCAAAAGGUCACUAGUAGAGGCUAGAGAUUGUCGCGGGGUCGACCUAUCACCUCCACGCAGACCGCGAGCUGAACGCGAAACACGGAUCGACCCGACUCGCCGAAAAUUGUACGAAAAACAAUAAGCUACAGCCUAUUUGGCCUAGUGACUGGUGACGCGUUUAGGUACCAGUGAUGGUGCUUUAGUGCCCAUGGCAUCGUUGGUGGCCAAUUCGUGGCGCGAAUCUUCGCUUGUAAACUCCGUGCUUCCGUCUGCCGGACUAAAUUCUUUAAAUUCCUUGCCACCGGUCGCGGCUGUACAGCCACCUAACCCUAUACAGGGUGUGGGAACCCUACCUGAUGGAACUACAGGAGAUUUGGCCCUUUUGAGCAGGCAGACUCCGUCUCAGAAUAGUACUGGUAGCGCUGAUAAAAAUCAAAACAUUGAGUGUGUUGUGUGUGGAGACAAAAGCUCUGGAAAACAUUACGGACAAUUUACAUGUGAAGGUUGUAAAUCGUUUUUUAAACGCAGCGUUAGGCGAAAUUUGACCUACUCAUGUCGAGGUAGCAGAAACUGCCCCAUUGAUCAACACCAUAGGAACCAAUGCCAAUAUUGUCGGCUUCGAAAAUGUAUCAAGAUGGGUAUGAGAAGAGAAGCUGUUCAAAGAGGUAGGGUGCCACCUUCUCAGCCUGCGCUUGCAGGAUUACCAAACCAGUUUCUUAACUCAUCGGAUCCAGUAGCGACCUCACUUAGCAACCAUUCGUACCUCAGUAGUUACAUAUCCUUACUUUUAAGAGCGGAACCUUACCCUUCAACUAGGUAUGGCCAGUGUAUUCAACCCAACAAUAUCAUGGGGAUUGAAAACAUUUGUGAACUGGCUGCAAGACUACUUUUUUCAGCCGUUGAAUGGGCUCGAAAUAUACCUUUUUUUCCUGAUCUCCAAGUUACCGAUCAGGUAGCAUUACUGAGGUUAGUCUGGUCCGAACUAUUCGUACUGAACGCGAGUCAGUGUUCGAUGCCUCUUCAUGUGGCACCCCUAAUUGCUGCGGCGGGAUUGCACGCAUCCCCUAUGUGCGCAGAUAGGGUGGUGCAAUUUAUGGAUCAUAUAAGGAUAUUUCAAGAGCAAGUGGAAAAAUUAAAGGCCCUACAUGUCGAUUCAGCAGAGUAUAGUUGUCUAAAGGCUAUUGUGCUAUUUACGACUGAUGCAUGUGGCUUAAGUGACGUCGCUCAUAUAGAAUCAAUUCAAGAAAAAUCGCAAUGUGCUUUAGAAGAAUAUUGUAGGACGCAGUAUCCAAAUCAGCCAACCCGGUUUGGCAAAUUACUUUUAAGGUUACCUAGCUUACGAACUGUUAGUUCUGCAGUAAUUGAGCAAUUAUUUUUUGUCCGACUAGUGGGCAAGACGCCAAUUGAAACGCUAAUAAGAGAUAUGCUCUUAUCGGGUAGUUCGUUUUCAUGGCCGUAUAUGUGAUAUUUAAAAUUGUACUAGUUUCACUAGUCAAUCAUUUUUAUAUGUUAAAGUUAUUUGUUAUAUAUGUAUUGAAAAAGACAAUCCCGGUAGCAGAUGGUGUGAACAAAAGACUCACAUAUCAGAAUAUAGUUAUUGGAGUCUUAAUCUUCAAAUAUUUAAUCGACUAAGCUGAGACUCAGAAUGAAAUCAAUGUUCCUUUAUAUCACAAUGAAAUUACUAACAAAGAAAAUCGUUUAGCCCCUUUUGAAGGUGGGAGCUAAUAUAUAUUCUUAUUUCAAAAAAAUAAAGAUAUCUAGUGUGAAUUAAUUUGGACAAAACAUACAAUAUGUACAAAAUCUGUAAAUAAGUAGUUUCCUACAGGUAGAAUAUUAUAAAAAGCCAUUAAAUAUAGAUUAGAUAAUAAAUUUGAUUAAGUAUUCCACAGUUUGGAAAGUGAUUAAAUAUCUUAAUUAUCAUUAAAUAUCUUGCCAUUAUUUCAUAUAAAUAAGUUGUGCCAAAAUUAAUUUUUAUUUGUUUUAAUCAUUCAUUUUCUCCAUUUAAGUUUAAACUAUCAAAAAAGCCUAAUAUCAGUUAUAGCUUAUUAACACACUUAUAUUGUCGUUUGGGGCAAAACUGAAUAUUAAGUAAAAUUAGAUAAAUUGUUUGUAUUUAAUGUAAUUGGCACUUAAAAUUGCCUAAAGCCGAAAGGGCUGCUCGAUUUAAUAUAUUUUAUCAUUUGAAUGUAUAAAUUCUUUGAUUUUCCCUACUCUUCUAGGAGUAGUAGAAUCAUUAAUCAUAAUUUUAGCAUAAACGUUAUAAUUUCGUAAUCUAUAUUGCCUUUUCGAUAACUUAUUUUUUAAAAACAAGAAAAUAUAAGUAGAUUGAUAUUUGUAAGUAAAAAUACUGAAAUAAAAAUAUUAUCUAUUAGAUUAACAAAAAAUUGGAACCAACAAAUUCUAUUUAAAUUACUUCAAAUUUUCUAUAAUUAGGGUUUUCCUCCGAAAUCUAAGUUUUGUAAAACUUAUAUUACUUAAGUUAUUGUAAUUAACUGGCUUAUUCAAUAUAAAUAGUAACAAGUUAACGGAACUGUAUAUCCAAUAGAUCUAAAAAUCUAUGACAAAUAAUUUGUUGAAAUAGAAAAUUCAAACAAAAUAAAUACGCUGUUUAAUUAUUCUAGUCAUCACAGGACAUAUAUUUGAUGAGGCUAUAAUAAAGCGGGUUAAAUGUACUAAAUCGUACAAAACCAUCUAGUCUAAGCUAUAACUGGUAUUAUCUAAUAGAUUAACUCUUGGUAUACUAUUAUAAUGUUACGACUACGUAACCUAUCUUUACUGGUUACCCCUUCUACUUUUCAGGAAAGCAUCAUAUAAGGGCUGAAAGUAAAGGGUAAUUUAAAUCAAAUACCCAUUAAUAUAUUGUUUUGUAAAGUUGUUUUAUUAUUGUUGUUAUUUAUAUUCUUAUGUAUUGUUAUUGUAAACAAAAGCUAUAUUAUGUAGGUGUAAGUGAAUGUCAACAUUUUGGUGGCCAGUGUUUUUUAACUAUGUUUAAUCUUACUUGAUUAUAAAUUAAGAUGUGUUGGUCGUUACAGCAUAAUGCAUAUACGUACUUAUUUUGUUCCGGCUUGAAAGGCCAAUUUUUGUGCACGUACUCUUGCGUUUUAUUUUUUUGCAACUUUGAAUCACAUUUUAUACAAUAUUUUUUAAGAUUUUUUCCUUUAUAUUAUGUAAGAAAUAUUAUUGAUAAUAUUAGUUACAGAUAGUGCAAUUUCAAUGGAAAAACAAACUUAAUUGUAACAUUUGCUCGAUAUGUCGCCUACAAUGUAAUUCGACAAAGAACUGUGAAAACAAAUUUAACACAAUAGUAGUUUUAAAACAGUGCCAAAUAUGAUUCGUUUGUGUCACAAGAAUUUUUUUUAUGACUUUUAUAUUUGAUAAACAAAACCAUGUACAUAGCAUAAAUAUUAACAAAAUAGUACCUAUAAAAAUAAAAGAUUGUAUUAAU